AUGCAAGUGUAUACCAAGCUCACAUCCACCGCACACCCAUGUCUCAAUCUUUCCCACCCAACAGUAGAAUCCUUCGUAUGGAACAUCCUUAUUCGAGCCCAUUUCCAACGCAAGGCUCUGCUCACAAAUCCCACCGAUUCCCCACUCUCAGUCUUCUUACGCAUGCGCUUCCAUGGUGUCGAAGCCGAUUUCCACACCUUCCCUUUCCUCCUCCAGUCCUUCAAUUCUCCAUCUCACCUCCAUUCAGGAAAAUCUAUUCACGCCCAAAUCACACAUUUUGGACUCUCUUGUGAUCCCUUUGUGCAAACAUCCCUCGUCAACAUGUACUCAUCUUGCCGCAAUUUGGGCUCUGCGCAACGUGUGUUUGAUGCGAUACUACAACCCGACUUACCCUCUUGGAAUUCUAUUCUCAACGCCAAUGUUAAAGUGGGUCUCAUUGAUGUUGCACGGAAAUUGUUUGAUCAGAUGCCUCAACGAAAUGUUAUAUCUUGGAGUUGUAUGAUGGAUGGGUAUGUCAGGCGUGGUCACUACAAAGAAACACUAGCUUUGUUUCGGGAGAUGCAAAAAUUGGAAUUCAAUGAUGUCAUGCCUAACGAGUUCACCAUGUCCGUUGUGUUUUCUGCUUGUGGCCGAUUAGGGGCACUUGAGCAUGGAAAAUGGGCACAUGCAUAUGUCGAUAAAUGUGGGAUGAAGGUUGAUGUGGUCUUGGGGACUUCUUUGAUUGACAUGUAUGCUAAAUGUGGGAGUAUUGAUAGGGCAAGGUGGGUGUUUAACCAUCUGGGUCCAAUUAAAGAUGUGAUGUCUUGGAGUGCCAUGAUCUCGGGCUUGGCUAUGCAUGGGCAUGGCGAAGAGUGCCUUGAUUUAUUCUCAGAGAUGGUGAAUAAUGGAGUGAGACCCAAUCCUGUGACUUUCUUGGGUGUCCUUUGUGCUUGUGUACAUGGAGGAUUAGUGAGUGAAGGUAAGGAGUAUUUUAGGAGGAUGAGCAAGGAUUUUGGUAUUGCUCCUUCAAUCCAGCACUAUGGUUGCAUGGUUGACCUUUAUGGGAGAGCUGGUCUCAUAGAGGAGGCAUGGGUUGUUGUAAAAUCUAUGCCUAUGGAGCCAGAUGUGCUUGUGUGGGGAGCUCUUCUAAGUGGAUCUAGGAUGCAUGGGGACAUUGAAACUUGUGAAGCUGCGCUCAGAAAGCUAAUUGAUUUGGAACCAACAAAUAGUGGAGCUUAUGUGCUCCUAUCUAAUGUGUAUGCAAAGAUGGGUAGAUGGAAAGAUGUUAGGCAUGUCAGAGAUCUUAUGGAGGCAAAAGGUAUAAGAAAAGUUCCAGGGUGCAGCUUGGUUGAGGUUGAGGGUGUCGUACACGAGUUUUCUGUGGGAGAUAAGUCUCAUCCAGACACGAGAGAAAUAUAUAUGAUGCUCGAGGAGAUAAUCGACAGGUUAAAACUGGAGGGCUAUAUAGGCAAUACGAAAGAGGUAUUGCUCGACUUGGAUGAAGAAGGAAACAGAUGGCACUCUCACUACACACUCAGCAGGAUUGGAAACCUGACUGCUCAAAGUGGAGCAAAGUUCAUUGGAUUUCAUACAAGGUCUCCUGCUAGUGCCUCUCGUUGUUCCAUAGCUUAA